UAUAGAGAGCUUCUGCAGUGGAGAGAGAGAGACUGAGAGAGAGAGAAGGUUGUGCACGAUUCAUUGUCACUUCUCUAGGAUACAGCUCGCUUGCCUCCUCGUCUCAGUGCUCCUCUCUCUUCCCACUCAAGUGUAUCUGAUCAGUCUCUCCUGCACAACUCCUCUGUUUCUCAAGAACUCUGAGGAUGACUCCUCCAGAAACCUCCAGCCACAGAUGCCUGUUCUCCAGCUCAUGGCUGCCCAGGACGACUCAACACUCUUGGGCUUCCCUCGCGCGGACCUGCCCUCUCUAAAGUGGAUCCACAGCGGAACAGCAGCUCAAGCCGGUCUCCUUUAGGAAAGGGCACGUUCAUUCAGACCUCGUCUCUCAGCCUUCAAGCACAUAGAGAACGACCUUCAGAGACAAAUCUUUCAGGAAGUCUAGACAAUCAUAUAUAAAGAUGGAGCAGGAAAUUUCCAAAGUGCAGCGUAAGAUGUCAGACCUGGAGUCAGUUUUGCAGCAGAAGGACGUGGAGCUCAAGGCUUCAGAAACCCAAAGAACCAUCUUAGAACAAGACUUGGCCACCUAUAUCACCGAAUGCAGCAGUUUGAAGCGCAGUUUGGAGCAGGCCCGCAUGGAGGUGUCGCAGGAGGAUGAUAAAGCUCUGCAGCUCCUGCACGACAUACGGGAGCAGAGCAACAAACUGCAGGAAAUUAAAGAACAGGAGUACCACGCUCAGCUGGAGGAAAUGCGUGUGUCUAUUCGUCAGCUAGAGGAGAACCUGUCCGCCGCUCGCCGCCGAAGCGACCUGUACGAAUCUGAGCUGAAAGAAUCCCGCCAGACCAGCGAGGAGCUCAAGAGGAAGGCUGUGGAAUACCAGCAGAAGAUUCAAAAGGCUAAAGAGCAAGGCAAAGCAGAGAUGGAAGAACUUCUGACCAAAUUGCAAAAGACCAAUGCAGAGCAACAAGUAAAGAUGGAAGAACUCCAGGAGAAGCUUGCCAAGGCUGUGAAGGCGAGUACAGAAGCCACUGAACUCCUGCAGAAUGUCCGUCAGGCUAAAGAGCGUCUGGAGCGAGACCUGGAGCGUCUGCAGACCAAAGAGGACUCCACCGACAGCCUGCGCAGACGCCUGCGAGAGACUGAGGAUGGAAAGAAAACCCUGGAGAACCAGGUGAAGAGGCUGGAGAUGGUGGAACGGAGAGAAACUAAACUCAAAGAAGACAUUCAGACCAAGUCGCAGCAGAUCCAACAGAUGGCUGACAAAAUCAUGGAACUCGAAGAGAACUUGCGUGAAACACAAGCAACAGCACAGCGUAUGGAAACACACCUGGAACAGAAGAAGAAGCUUUAUGAAGACAAGAUCAAGGUUUUAGAGACUCAAAUGAAGGCUGAUUUGGCUGAAAAGGAACUGCUGGAGUCCAAGCAGAACGCGUAUGAGGAAGAAUCUCGCGAGCGGGGAAAAGUGAUCAGCGACCAGGCAGCGACGAUCAAUGCCAUGGAGUCAAAGAUGACUAAUCUGGAGCAGAGGAUCGCUGAGCUGUCCGAGGCCAACAAACUGGCAGCCAACAGCAGCAUUUACACACAGAAAAACAUGAAAGCCCAAGAGGAGAUGAUAUCUGAACUCAGGCAGCAGAAGUUUUAUCUGGAAUCUCAGGCUGGAAAACUGGAAGCCCAGAAUGCAAAGCUGGAGGAACAUCUGGAGAAACUGACACAACAAGAGCAGACUAACAAGAGCAGAGUGCUGGAGCUGGAGGCCAGACUGCGAGAGAUCGGUCUGGAGCACGAGGAGCAGAAGCUGGAGAUCAAGCGGCAGGUGUCGGAGCUCACGCUGUCCCUGCAGGAGAGAGAAGCUCAGAUCAGCAGCCUGCAGGCGGCCCGUCAUGCACUGGAGAGCCAACUACAACAGGCCAAGACCGAGCUGGAGGAGACGACAGCAGAGGCAGAGGAGGAGAUCACUGUCCUCCGGGCCCAUCGGGAUGAAAUCCAACGCAAGUUUGAUGCCCUCCGAGACAGCUGUGCGGUGAUCACGGAUCUGGAGGAGCAGUUGACACAACUGACACAGGAAAACGCUGAGCUGAACCGACAGAAUUUCUACCUGUCUAAACAACUGGAUGAGGCCACGGACGAGAACGAGGAGAGACUGCAGCUCAAGCAGGACGUGGAGCGCCUGCGACGGGAGGUGGCCGACCGAGAGAUGCACCUCAACAACCAGAAACAGAACAUCGAGACGCUGAAGACCACAUGUACGAUGCUGGAGGAGCAGGUGCUGGAGCUGGAGACGCUAAACGACGAGCUGUUGGAGAAGGAGAGACAGUGGGAGAACUGGAGAUCUGCCCUGGACGAGGAGAAGAACCAGGCGGAGCGCAGAACCAGAGACAUACAGAGACAACUAGACAACGAGAAGCAGAACAGACUCCGUGCAGAGCAGCGCAAUUCUGAGUCUCGUCAGGCCGUUGAACUGGCGGUCAAAGAGCACAAAGCUGAAAUCCUGGUGCUGCAGCAGGCCCUGAAAGACCAGAAACUCAAAGCCGAAGGUCUUUCUGAUACCCUGAGCGAUCUGGAGAAGAAACACGCCAUGCUGGAGAUGAACGCGCGCAGCCUGCAGCAGAAGCUGGAGACGGAGAGAGAACUCAAACAGAGGCUCAUGGACGAGCAAGCAAAACUGCAGCAGCAGCUGGACAUGCAGAAGAGCCACAUCUUCAGACUGACACAAGGACUUCAGGAUGCGCUGGACCAGACGGACCUUCUGAAGACUGAACGGACAGACCUGGAGUACCAGCUGGAAAACAUACAGGCGGCGUACUCUCACGAGAAGGUCAAGAUGGAGGGGACCAUCACCCAGCAGACCAAGCUCAUAGACUUCCUCCAGGCCAAGGUAGAGCACCCCUCUAAGAAGAAAAAGGGGCUGUUUGGCGGCCGGCGUCGAGAGGAUCUGCUGGCAGCGCUGGCGGCGCAGGGACAGACGCAGGUGCCCGCUGUGCCCGCCGUGGCCCCUGUUCCUCUGCAGUACAGCGACCUGAAGGCCGCGCUGGAGAAGGAACGCGCUCGAUGCUCCGAACUGGAAGAAGCCCUGCAGAAAACACGCCUGGAGCUCAGAGAGGCAGUUCAGUUUAAUAAAGCUCUGGAGCACAGCGCUACUCCAGCCACACCGGGUUUGGCUCGUCAGCAGCUCAUGAUGUCCACCAAAUCCAACAAAUCCCCUGAGCACCAGCCCAGCAGCGGCCUGAUGUCGUCCAGCUCCGGCCGCAGGAAGGACCCUGCCAAUCCUGAAGAAAUAAGGAGAGUCACUUCUGAAAAGUACACCAGACGUGUGAAGGACAGAAUUCAUCACAACACUCCUCACAGAUUCACGCAGGGGCUCAACAUGAGGGCGGCCCGCUGCACCGUCUGUCUAGACACCGUCCAUUUUGGACGGCAAGCUGCAACAUGCAUCGAAUGUCACGCUUUGUGCCACCCAAAAUGCUCCCCGUACCUUCCAGCCACCUGUGGCGUGCCCACCGAAUACGCGCUGCACCUGUCCGAGGCUUUGUGUAGGGAAAAGGGAAGUACCUCUGGUCUGAAAGACGUCGGUGGACACAUGAGGCUAGAAGGAUGGCUGAAACAGCCUAGAAAUGGGAAGCGUGGUCAGGGCUGGGAGAGGAAGUACGUGGUGCUGGAUGGAUAUAAAGUGAUCACGUACGAGACGGAACCAAGAGACGAGUCGGUGAAGCCGCUGGAUGAGUUUGAGUUGUGUCUCUCUGAUGGAGACGUGACUGUUCAUUCCGCUGUCGGUGCUUCUGAGCUGCCCAACACGGCCAAGACAGAUGUGCAGUAUGUGCUCAAGUUGGAGUCGUCUCCGCAGUCCACAUGCUGGCCCGGUCAGACUCUGUACCUCAUGACCUCAGGAUUUUCUGAGAAGCAGCGCUGGGUGGCCGUGCUGGAGGCCAUUGUGGCUAGCAGUCGUGGGGCAAGGGAGAAAGCCGAAGCUGACGCUAAAUUGUUGGGUAACUCUUUACUCAAGCUAGAAGGAGAUGAUCGUUUGGAUAUCAAUUGCACCCUCCCGCUGACUGACCAGAUUGUGUUGGUGGGCUCUGAGGAAGGUCUCUACGCCCUGAACGUGAUUAAAAACUCCCUCACUCACAUCCCAGGUCUUGGAUCAGUGUUUCAGAUCCACAUCAUCAAGGACCACGACAAGCUGCUGAUGAUCGUGGGGGAUGAGCGGGCGCUGUGUCUGGUUGAGAUUAAGAAAGUCAAACAGUCUCUGUCCCAGUCUCACCUCCCCACACUACCCGAGAUUGUGCCGUAUAUCUUUGAGACCGUCAAGGGCUGUCAUCUGUUCGCCGCGGGCAGGAUAGAAAACGGUCCGUGCAUUUGUGCCGCAAUGCCCAACAAAGUCACAAUUCUGCGAUACAAUGACAAUCUGAACAAAUUCUGUAUACGGAAGGAGAUUGAAACACUUGAGCCAUGCAGCUGUAUCCACUUCACCAGCUACAGCAUCAUCAUUGGUACCAAUAAAUUCUACGAGAUUGAGAUGAAGCAGUGUGUUCUGGACGAGUUCCUGGACAAGAAUGACGUGUCCUUGGCAUCGGCCGUGUUCACCGGAUCCUCCCACUGUUUCCCAAUCUCCAUCGUCCAGGUGUCCAGCACUCCACAGAAGGAAGAAUAUCUGCUCUGCUUCCACGAGAUUGGUGUGUUUGUGGAUGCUUACGGUCGAAGAAGUCGCCCUGAUGAUCUCAAGUGGAGUCGGCUUCCCCUGACCUUUGCAUUCAGAGAGCCGUAUCUGUUUGUGACCUACUUCAACUCACUGGAUGUUAUUGAGAUUCAGGGACACGCAGCUCUUGGGCCUCCCAGUCUCGUUCACCUGGACAUUCCUAACCCGCGUUAUCUGGGUCCGGCCAUAUCAUCUGGUGCCAUUUAUCUGGCCUCGUCCUACCAGAACAAACUGCGGGUCAUCUGCUGUAAGGGCAGCCUGGUGCGGGAGUCUGGGGAACUGCAGAGGACCGGCUCAAGCAGGAGCAGCCCCAACAAGCGUGGGCCGCCCACCUACAACGAGCACAUCUCCAAGCGUCUGGCCUCGGGUCCCGGGACCCAGGAGGGGCAGCUGCACCGCGAGCCCAGCACCCCUCACCGCUACCGCGAGGGCCGCACGGAGUUCCGGAGGGACAAAUCUCCGGCCCGACCUCUGGACCGCGAGAAAUCGCCCGGUCGGGCUGUGCUAGACAGCCGCAGGGAGAGGUCGCCUGGGCGCUUCGAGAGCAGCGGCAGCGAGAGAGACCGGGAGCGUUCGCGCCUUCACACUAGCUCUGUACGCACCCAGCUGACACCCGUCAACAAGGUACGCAUGAGACACUGCCACGUAAACUGUGUAUCCUUCUAGGGAUACAAACAUCAGGUUUGACGAUGUUCAUGCAUGCACAAAUGCAUGAACAUCCGCUGCUUUGUAGUUAAAUUCCUUCUAGUUAUGGCCUCAAACAGGAUGCUCAGUUAAUGUCCAGCCUUUAAAAAAAACAAAAGUCUCUGGGAAAAGACGUUAAAAUCGGCAUCCUUUGCAGCAGUAAUGAUGUUUCUGAGCUGAUCUGCGUCAGACAUGGCAGGCAGCCUGUUGAAGUGUUGAAGUGACCUCUUUAUCCUGGUGGUGGUGUAGGUUUGGGACCAGUCUUCAGUCUGAGAGCGUCCCGGAGGGAUGACGUAAGAGCCAUCGUCCACCUCCCGCGUGGAUGGACGUGUCCUUUUAACGGGCGCUUCGUAAAACUCUGAACUAUAUCAUCUCAUGCCUGUAACCGUGAACAGAGCCAUGUUAUUCACUCGCAGCCCCAGAGUCUGGGACAUUGUGCUGAUGUUGUAAACUCUGUCCAUGCUGUAACCAUUCAUCAAGGUCCAUUGUAAAGAAAAACAACUGCAAUUUUUGGGGGAAAGACCUUUGAAGGAAUGUCCCGGGUUCAGUACGGUAAGCUCUAUCAACAGCAUUUUGUGGCAUAACAGCUAUUACUGCAGAAAAUGGUUUUGACCUGUCCCUUUUUUUUUUUUUUUAAUUAAACAUUGUGGUUACAGUAAGACAUUCACAGUGGAAGUAAACAGGAACAGGCACUUUUUGAGUUUAGGGCAAGACACUACAGGUAAAACUGUUGUUUUUUUUUUCAGGCACUAUUUGGCAAUUUUGCUUCCAUAACAUCAUCUUUCAUUCUAGUGAUUUUUUUUUUUUUUUUUUUUAUUUAUCUAUUAACAUCAGUAGAUUUCAAUUAUAAUACAUUGGCCAUUUUCUCAAAAUUCUAGAAAAGGUUUUUUAUUUUAUUUUAUUUGAUUAAGGAAAAUCCCAAAUCCUGUCUGUAAAAACAUUUAAAUAACAGUUAAAAAAUAAAUAAAUACAAAUUUGAACCUUUGAAAUUUGAAUGGUAUGCAGAUAAGUGCAUAUUUAAUUAAUGCCUCAUUCACAACAUUUUAGAAAACUUGUAAUACAAAAGAGUUUUUUGUGAUUUACUGUGAUCGCUUGAUAAUUGUAUGUUGUAACUAGGGGUCAACCAAUAUGUGUUUUUCAGGGCCGAUACAAUUAUUACAGAUCAAGUAUAUUUUGAGCAGAUAUAUAUGGGCCAUUCUACAGAAUUGGCGCUAACUGCUGUCCCACAACUAAAAAACAUUUAAAAAGCAUACUAAGCAUAUAAAAAGUAUACUAAGAUCAUUCUAUUAUCUAUUGAAACACACACAUAUAUAUAUAUAUAUAAAAUCAUAAUUUAUUGGGUACUUUCAGUUGGGAGGUGGCUGUCCUGAACCCUUACCCCUGAAUUUUAACUUAUGAAAAUUAUAUUGAAAUAAUUUUUGUAUUUUUUUUCCCAUUGUUGUUUUUAAAAGUAAGCCCGUUUUCUGAGAGUUAUUCCAUAACAUUUAGUUUUUAUGUGUAUACCAGUGUUCAGAACUGUGCUAGCUAACCAUGUGCUGAUUAGCAUCCUUGAGCUAGAUUCAAAAGUAUCUAAAAUUGUCACUACCAAAACAUCUGGAGGAGUUUCAAUAGUUUCUUAUUUUUUUUUUUUUAGUAUUAUUUUUUGGGUGUUAUCCCAUAGAAUUGUCAUUACCGGAACAUGUCAUCAUUGUUUCGGUAGUGACAAAAGAGAACACAUAAUCCUCGUAUUUGUGGGAAAGUUUAGUACAGUUAUGCAAUUUUUAGUAUUUUAAUAUGUUUUAGUAGUGUUUCAGUAUUUGAGUUAAAAUUCUGUAAUGUGAUGUGGUCACUACCGAAAAUAAAGUAUAAUGAAUUAUCAGCUAAGAUGUUAUGGUAGUUUUUGGCUCAGUGUAUAUUCAAAUGAAUGAAUCCUUUACUUUGUAUGAUCAACCUUUUGCCUUUUACAAAGAAAAAAUUGGACUCAAAAUGCAACAAAUCUCAUAAAUUACACUUGAAAUAUUGUUAAAAAUGUAAUUUUUAUUGUUUUACCUCUAAAAAUGUUUUCAUAAAAUAGCAAAAAAUAUAUUUACAAUGUAGAUGGCAAGCAAAAUCUUAAUAGGUCAGUAUAAGCCUUCUAAUGAAAUUAUUAUUACUGUGUUUCGGUAGUGACAAAUUUGGGAAGAGGACUAUUAUUUCAAAAUGUUCUGAAAAUACAAUAUGAGAAUUAACUGCACAGUUAUUAGAAAUGUGUACCUUGGAUAUUAUACAAUUUGCACAACAUACAAGACGUUUCCAACUCUGACUUUGGACCAAUUGUAAAAUGGCCCAUAUAUGUCUGUUGUAAAAAUGAAAAUUCAUGUCAAAAUCAAGACUAACAAGGGCUCUGACAAAAAUUUUAUUUCAAUGCUUUUAAAUCGCUUUAUCAGCAAAUCAGUUUUGAAAAUGACCAAUAACCAUAAAAAUGCUUAAUACCGACCCCUAUUAAAAGUUUUACCCUUUUCACCUUUGGUUUCUUGGAUAGUUUGCCCAAAAAUGUAACAUUCGAUCGUCAUUUAUUAAUCCUGGAUGACAAAACAUUUGAUGGUAGAUCAAUUGGAAAAUGGAAAUAAAUGAAUACAUACAUUUUUAGUUACCAACAUUCUUCAAAAAUAUUUUUUGUGUUCAACAGAAGAAAGAAACCCACACAGGUCUGGAGCAACUUGAGGGUGAGUAAUUGAUGACAGACUGUUACAUUUUUGGUCAGCUAUCCCUUCGAAAAAUUACAUUUCAUUAUGUAUUUGAAAAGUCUGUAAAGCCUCUUAAUCCAUUUAUUGGUAGGACUACUAUAGUUUGUGUUGUUUGUGAAAAUGAUCAGUUUACUGACUUUGAAAUGCACUGACGAGGAUAGCAAUUAGAAAUGUACUUCCAUUGUACCUUACUGUACCCACCAUUUUUAGUCUUGAAAUGAUGAUCUGUGGUAAUAGACAGAAGCCCACAAAUGCUGUAGAUUUACAGUCCACUGAACCCAGAACAUUCCUUUACCUUAAUCACGUGAUUAGCACAUUGUAAAUAUGGUGAUUUCAAUUUUUAUAGCUAAACGGAACUUGACUGAUGAAGCUAUGAUAAGUCUAUUUUUUAUGCUAUUAAACUGUUUGUAUAGACAGUUGAAAUGGGUUUCCUACAGAGAAGUACAGUAAAGGUUUUAUUUCCAUGUAUGUCGUAUGCUAACGUGGUAAACACAGUCAAUUUGGCUGCUCUCAAUGACAGUUUGUCCAGUUUUUUAAGCUCUAUUUGACUGACAUGAUCGAACCUACUGCACAUUGUAUAUUUUUAUGCUAAUAUAGAGUCUGAGCUUGUAAAUCUUUUCAAAGAGACACGUUAUGUUCUCGCUACAAGUGUCCUUGUGAUGUUCAAGUGAACUUAUCGUAUUUUUUGUCGGAAAUAACGAAGCUUUCGUCGACACUCGCACACAGCAGGAAGUCCGCGGCCGGGGCUCUUCUGGAAAUUUCUGCUGCUGCUUAUCCGUUAACGGACGUCCUGUUCAGCUAUGACGUGAAAUAAUGUCCGGUAGCCCUCAGGGUUUGUAACGUUAGAAGAUCUUCUGUCGUUCCUCGUGGAAUAUGAAAACAGCUCAGUUAGAGGCUUUUUUGAGUUCAUGUAAGCAAACGCCUGAGUGAUCAUAUCAAACGCAUGAGUAAAUACUGACUUGGUUUUGGGACGUCCCGUCAUGUACUACUACCUUACUAUUGAUAAUCGAUGUUUUUCAACUAACAAGGCUGCUUACCUUGAACUUUCUUUUUGUAUAAAGAAAUGAAACUAUAUUAAACAAGUACGAGCCAUACACAGUU